UAAUGUACUCACAUUCAACCUUCUGUCCCUGAGCGAGUGGGAAUAUAUCCUGAACCGUGAGACUACAACACCUGCCUGUGACCGUACCAAACUAUACCUAGGCUACGACUUACUGCCUUACAGGAAACACACUAAGUCAGAUCCCAUUAUGGAGCUGAGAGAAGAAAAUACAUACACAUUCAGGGUCGUAUUCCGUGAAGGUCCACAAGGCGCACCCAUGACCAUAAAACAAGAAGUCUACAAUCUGAUAAUCGGCAAGUACGAACUCAGUCUGCGGAACGUCACGUCAAAUGAGAUAAUUGUAGAGUGGCCAUACCAUUGCAUCAGGAGGUACGGCGAGUCACCAAACUACUUCUCAGUGGAAUUGGGCAGAGGGAGCAAGGCUGGGGAAGGGAUAUUCGUGAUGGAGACAACUAAAGGAAAAAAUAUCGUGCGCAAGAUCAACGAGAUGGUAAAACUAAACACUGAUAAAAGUGAUCCGAAGACAAAAACAACCCCAACAGGAAACGUUUAUACUGAACAUUGGCCACACACACGGAAAGAUGAAACAUGGGGAAGAGGAAUUUUAGAAUUGAAAAGUAAACUUUGCCACCCUCCUGGUGAAAAGACAACAACACCUGGUCCAAAAACUGCUGAUGGACCAGCAAUAGGGAACAUCGGAUCGGGAUCAGAAUUUACGUUCCGAGCCAGAUCAGAACCCGGAGCCCCACCUGGAUUAGAAAUUCCAAGUAGAUCUGACACGGGAAUCUAUCUGUCGCCAACGUUUACAGACACAACCAAUGAAUACGUCUACGACGACGGGGAAGCGUUGACUACACCAGGAUUAGGAGCAAGUGAUGUGUUGGGUGAAGAGAAACGCGGGGAAUCGACUCGAAUCGGUCAUGAGGAUGUAUCGCUUGAAAACAGUACAGAACAUCUCAGAGGUCAGGCAAGCGCAAGACAGGUUCCUGGUGGGGUUACUGUGAUUGAUUUGCCAAAGAAGGAACGCCGAAUGCAGUCUCGUCGAGAUUACGAGAAUGUGAAGUUUUUGCGCAAAUGAAACGUGCAUGCGUUUCUGGAAAUCGUCAUUGAUAAUGUCUUUGUGAAAUGAAAGGAAAGGAAAGGACAUAGAAGAAGGCAUCCGCUCGGUGGGGAUUUGUUUUUUUUACACAGAACUCGGAUUUUCUGCAUGGAUUGACAACAUUACAUCACUUCAAGUACUUCGAGGAUUUCAUAUCGGUCAAAAAGGGGAGUUGCCUAUUCUGUUUAACUGAUUAUUCCACUUCAGCUUAUAUGCAGUGAACCGUCUUAUCUCGUUGAUAUUUACAUCUGUGGACAGAGAUACAGUGACACGUAACUAUCCAGGACUGUAUGACAAGACUUCAAUUUUCCUAAAAUCCACUUUCCCUUCAUGUACGAGCGGUGGGGUGGCCUAGUGGUUAAAGUGUUCGCUCGUCCAACGAAGAUCCGGGUUCAAUAAUCUCCCUACAUGGAUACAAUGUAUGAGGCCCAUUUCGAUUCUAAUGCUUUGUGCCAUUUUGUGUGCUGCCGAUAAGGUCCCUGACUCUGAGGGUGUGGGUUCGAAUCCCGUUUGGGACUCAACCCAACAAAAGUACUUGAAUCUGUGCUUUACCGAGGUACUGUAAUCCCAAAUAUAACAUAAGUUUGAAAUGAUUUGCUCUGGACAUUACAUAGUGUUGGUAGACUCAAUUGCAAACAGACCCGUGAAGGUCCGGGUUAGAAUUGAUCUUUAGUAACCCAUGCUUGU